UCUGUUUUACGAAAUAUAGUCAUUAUUCGUGUGGAAAAAAUAAAGAGAAAAAUGGAAACUGUGAUAUUUCUAUCGAGGAGGGGGAGGGAAAAAGUGAAGAAUCGAGCGGGAAAGCGGAUCAAAUGGCGAGGGAAAAUGGGAAGUUUACUACUACUACUAUGAGUGUUACUGUAGAUUAACCUAGAUCGGUUGAUAAGAUUGAGAAAGAGAGAUCGAUGGGCAGGCGUAGAUGUGCAUAGAUCUGUAUUUAUUGGUGAGUGUGGACGUGUUCUUAGGGUUUCUUCGUUUUUCUGCCGGCAUCGGCACCACCGCCGGCCGAUGUACUGUUUUCAUCCCUUAUCUAAUAAGAGCUCGCAACAGGCUUCGUGAGACACCCAUCAAUUUUUGGUACCCAACUAGUGAAUCUGAAUCACAACCCAGAAUCUUCUCCUCGAAAUGACUUCCCUUCCAAACCAAACGAGGCCUUAAUCACAGGCCCGUCAAAUCUCAACCAUCCCAGCCAACGAUCGGCGGCUCCUGCAACAUAACAGGGAGGAAAGGCGACUAAUUCGGCUGAUCUCCGGCGAACGGAGCGCAUGCAUCUAGAUCCGGCUGCUCCGACUACUUUCAUUCUGUUUCCGAACUUUCCUAUUCGUCUAAGGUGACAAUCCCCGGUGUAAAGGAGUGCAACUGAAGAAGACGAUGGUUCAAAGACAAUUGGAAUCUGACGGUGCGGUGAAUGUGAUUAACAUGAAAAGGCGGAAGUGGCUCAAGAGAGAACGUUUUAUGAACUUCGGUGAUGUCUACUCUGACAAGGUUGACAGGAUUUCCCAGCUGCCAGAACCAAUCAUUCACCACAUCCUUUCGUUGCUCCCCACAGAAGAUGCAGUUUGUACAAAUGUUUUGUCAAAGACAUGGCGCCGUAUAUGGUCCACCUUCCCUGUUUUUGAUUUCAGGUUAGUCGAUGGUAAAUACUUUGAUAAACACGGUAUUGAAGAUUGGGAUGCUGAGACAUCAAAAGAUGAUUUUUUGAGCUUCGUGGAAGAAUCUCUGAAGCGCCGCCUUGUCCAGGAUUUCAGUAUCGAUAAGUUUCAGAUGCAUAUUCUCUUCGGCAGCUUAAAAUCUUUGACCCCUUGGAUGGAUCGAUGGCUUACCAUUGUUACUGAGAGGAAUGUGAAAGAGUUGGAUUUAAAUGUCGGUUGUGCUGGUACUAGAAUUUACAGCUUACCUGCGAUUGUCCUUGGUGCGAAAUCUAUUUAUGUGCUAAGGUUGUCAAAUUGUAAUUUAAAUCUUAAUGUAGCUGAUGGUAUCAUCAAAUUUUCGCACUUGCGAGAGUUGAAUCUCAGAGAGAUGCAUGUUGAUGAAUGGAUGAUUCAAACUUUCACCUCUAGUUGCCCUUUCAUUGAGUCUUUGGAACUCGGUAGUUGCCAUGGGCUUGACAGUCUUUGCCUCCCUUCAAGUCUACUUCAACUCAGUAAGGUUGUGCUGAGGGAUUGCUAUGGACUUAAAAUUGUGCUGAUAGAGGCACCUAAUCUUAUUCAUUUCUACAUCAGGAACGCAUCAUCUGUUCCAUGCGAGAUCAACUUGGUUGCUUGCAGUAAGUCUCUCAGGAAAUUGUCACUACUCAGUGCCACCAUGACAGAGGAGGAAUUCCAAAAUCUCAUGUCUCUCACUCCCGGUGUUGAGGUUCUGGAGUUGUACUACCUUGGCCGAUGUUCAAGAAUUAUGAUUUCGAGUCAAAAUCUAAAGCGACUGGUUCUGAAAGCAUGCAAGAAGUGGUUGGUUGCGGAAAUUGACACUCCAAAUCUGUUGUCAGUUGAACAUACUUGCUAUCAGAGGUACUUGUCCUUCAACUAUAUCAACGCAGCACAUCUCCGGGAAGUUGACUUGGAAUUCUGCCUUGCAAGUCAUGACAUCGGUUGGUUUUCUAAAUUGAAAGAGUUUCUCACAAGCUUCGCUCAUUCUGAAAAUUUCAGUAUGGUGGUUCUCUGCUCCAAGAAUGUCAGUAUUCAUGCAAAAUUAAGGGAAAUCUUGCUUCUGCCACUCUAUACUCUCAUGGAUCUGAAUCCUCAAGUUAUUAUUUCUUCAAAGACUUUUACAGAACUUGUAGAUCGCGUAUUUGACAGAUUCCAUCCUGAUACUUUGUCUCUUAUAUCGAUGUGUUCAUGCAGAAAAUAUCUAGAGUUUCUAUAUGAAAGUUUAGUGGAGCAAGAAGAUCAUUGUGAAGAUUUUAGAAGCAGAAGGAAUCACUGGAGGCACUUUUUAGGUGGAUUUGAGAUCGAGAAUCUUGAAGGAGUUGAAGAAAAUAGGACAUCUCCGUGGAAAGCUUUCUUAAAGUCAUAUUUAACUGUUGCAUACUGGACGGUUGCACUUAAAUUGGAAUGGAAAUGCACGAAGAUGUAUAAAAGUUCAGGUGUUAUGUUUUAGAUUCAUUGUCUCGAGAUGUUGUUGAAUUGAGACAUAAUUGCCAGUUUGAAUAACUGUUUCCAGUUUCUUUUUCCAUCUUUGAGUACUGUUUCCGGGCCAACUACUUGGUCUAUCAUUGAGUGCUGUUUAACCCAGAAACUUUGACAAACUGAAAUUUUCAAAUUGAGCUGUCUUGAGUGUACGAGAUCCCA